AUGGGCAAACCUGACGAAAGCGAGACUAUCUUUUGGCUCCACGGCCCUGCUGGAACCGGCAAAUCAGCCAUCUCUCGAACUAUCGCGCGUAACUUCGCGAAGACUGGACAGCUCGGAGCUAGCUAUUUCUUCAAGAGACCUGGUACGGGCUGA